AAAUGUGUAUUGGAACCUGGCAAUUAGCCUGCAUGAAUUCGCAAAGCCAAAUCGUAAGAAGCCUGCAUGAUAUAAGCAAAGCCUUAUCGUAAAAAAAAGAGAUGUGCAAUCUCUCUGUAUGGAACGAAUUACUCCAUACCUGUAGAAUAUCAUCUUUGGAAACGAAAUAAUUACAUUACCUACGGUUGUAGUGAACAAUGGAUAAUAAACAAAGUUCAGCAAACUUAUCGGUUGACGAUGAAAUUACUUCACAGACAUCACAGCACAAGAUUGUCAACGACCCAAUUCACGGAUAUAUAAAACUACAUCCACUGUGUGUUAAAAUCAUCGACACUCUGGAAUUCCAGCGUCUUCGAUUCAUUAAGCAACUCGGCAACGGCUAUUUCGUAUAUCCAGGAGCAUCCCACAACAGAUUUGAACAUAGUUUGGGGGUAUGUCAUUUAGCGGGGAAAUUGGUGCGUGCGUUACAAGGUCGGCAGCCAGAACUGGGAAUCACGAGCAAUGACAUUCUCUGUGCAGAAAUAGCGGGACUUUGUCAUGACCUUGGUCACGGACCAUUUUCACAUCUCUUUGAUGGAAUGUUCAUUCCCGCUGUCUUACCAGGUUCAAAAUGGAAGCAUGAACAGGCAUCUACCGAAAUGUUUGAUUAUCUGGUGGCUGAAAACAAGCUGCUACCGGAAUUCGAUAAAUACGGACUGACUGAGCUAGACCGGGUGUUUAUCAAGGAACAGAUUGAUAGACCCAGUGAACCAGAAAUUGCAGGGUCAAGUACACCAGACCAGAAGGAGUGGACUCUGAAAGGAAGACCAAAGGAGAAGAGUUUUUUAUAUGAGGUGGUUGCCAACAAGCGCAAUGGCAUUGAUGUUGACAAAUGGGAUUAUUUCGCGCGGGAUUGCCACAUGCUGGGAAUCCGGAACAACUUUGACCACAAUCGAUGCAUCGAGUUUUCCCGCGUGCUUGACUCACAGAUUUGUUACCGGGAUAAGGAAGUGGGAAACUUGUAUGACAUGUUUCACACUCGCCGUACGCUACAUAGUAGAGCCUACCAACACAAAACCACCAAGAUUAUCGAAAAAAUGGUUACUGAAGCUCUAGUCAAAGCCAACGAUUUUAUCAAAUUUAAUGGAAAAGAUGGGAAAAAGUUGAAAAUGUCUGAGUCCAUACAUGAUAUGAAAGCCUUCAGUCAGAUGACGGACCACGUGUUCAACCUCAUUGUUAGUUCAACAGACACAGAUCUGAAUGAGUCACGAGAAAUUCUCAAAAAAGUGUUACGGCGCGAGCUUUACAAGUUUGUUGGACAAAUACAGAUGUUAAAGGAAGAUGAAAAAAAGACAUUGAUCGCAACGAUUGACAAACAGACGCCUGAGGGCUACCCAGCAGAAGAUAUCAUCAUCUUCCAGCUUGUGACCCUGGACUACGGAAUGAAAGAUAAGAAUCCAAUCGGCAGUGUGAGGUUCUACAGCAAAGAUGAGCCGAAUAAAGCCGGCCCCAUUAGACAAGAUCAGAAGCCAAGUUUCAUUCCUGAUCACUUCACGGAGCAACAGACACGAAUCUACUCAAAGGAGCUUGAUACGGGUUUCCUUAAGGUAGUCAGAGAGGUCUUGAACAGCUUGUCCGAUAAAACAACCGAGAGUGGUGAUAAGAACUCUCCAGAUGAAAAGGACAAGUCCACUAAAAGCAGCAAUGACACCGAGGGGUAAGACGGUCAUCCAAACUGGACUUUGACAACAAGCAAUGAAACAAAUGUCAAUUUCUCACAGAAAGACUGAUUACGAAAGAUAAUGGGACAUCAUUUUCAGAUACAUUUUUUGCUUUGCAACAUAAUUCUCCUAUUUCUCUAAUGCUUUAUAGCUUUGUUCACAGAAAAUCAACCAGUUCAUUAUUAGGUUUGUAUAGACACAGAUAAAGUGCAGGGUAUUGCAUCCAAACUGCUUCUUUAGGUAGUCUGCCUUUUUUAACUUUUGUUCAUCAAUUAUUUAUUACACCUCAUAAAACAUGGAUACAAAGACAAUCCAUAUUCAAAUGGAACUAUUAAAGGCCUAUUGAAGCAAUCAUUGUUUCAUUUUAGAUGUGUAUUUGGCAUUUAAGCAUAUCCGGUAAUUGAACUCCAAAAAAUGUUUUUAUUCCAUUUUGUUAUAUUUAAAAAAAAUGCAAAAAAAGUUUUAUAUCAAUUAUUUAUACAGCAGUUUUACCAUUUUUAAACAGUUCAUUGUCAGUCUGCAAUGCGUGUACAUGUUUUUUAAUAAAGCACGACUUUCUUUGUGUUUUGAUAAAAACACACCUGAAAAAUGGGGUCUUGCUUAGUUUAAAUUCAAAAUUGUCAUGUUCAGGUAAUGCGAUAGUUCAUCUCAUUUAUAGGUAAUUUUAAACUUGGAAACCCCAGAUGCAUUUUCGAAAACUUGUAAUGUUUAAACGAACUGUCAGAUUCACAUGCUUGUUAGAGGUAGUUGUUUAUUUAUAAUUGUUUGUUGGUGUAUGUUUUUUUCUUCUUUUUGAAGACGAUAAAUCUUUUGUCUUGUGUUCCGCUACUAUUGACAUUUUGUUGACAACAAAGUAUUUUCUUGUUUGUUAAUUUUCUUGUUCUUGUUUAGCUUUUUUGUUUUUCAAUUUUAAAUAUUUUCUUGUAUGGCUUCUUGAAUGAGUGAGUUUGUUGUGUGAGUAUUAUUGUCAAUGAUAGUUUUGCUGAUUUAUAUUUUAAUAAUGCUUCUCAUAAAUGCACAAGGGGGAUCCACUAAGUUUAGUCUUCACAAUUUACUUUUAAAUUUGGAGCUUGUGCUGUUUACAAUUUUACUUAAAUUUUAUCAAGUAUUUAUACAAUAGUUGAAAUAAUAGUAAACUAAUUUAUUAUACUUUGUAUCUUACCCCAUUCUACCGCAUUGUUCCUACAAACACCCGGACUAGAGAAGUGGAAGUCAAAUCCCCUGAAAUUAAUUCAUAGAAUUUCAUUUAUUUUUGUUAAUGUCCAGAAAUAUGGAUAUUGUCUACUUAUAUAUUUAUGUUUAUUAGUUCCUUUUCUGCGCGGCUUUAUAGAAAGAGGGAUGCAUUAAAUGUUUAUUCUUAUAUCUAAGACAUUUACAUUAAACACUCAACUGCUGUAUUAAACUCUCAACGUUUAGUGAGAAGUCAUGUCUUAUAUUCUGAGAUAGUGAUACGUAAAAGUUCUUGGGUUUGCAGAGGUAAAAAUGUCUUAAAUAGUAAAUCAAUAAUAUUAUAAAUCUUAUAAAUCUUAAUCUUAUUAUAUCAAUCUCUGAACUUGUAUCCUAACUCUUAAUUUACAGCGAACUAAUUGGUGUUUAUUAUUUUGUCCCGAUUGAAAUCUAAUCUUCUGAUCCAAAUAUCAAGAAGAAAAUACUUUUAUCUCUACUGAUAACAUUAUUAAACUUCGGUAAACAAUGCAUUUAUAAUGUAACUGAAAUUUAAUAAUACUUUCCGGUUAUUUAACUUCUUAUUUUGAUUUGUAUGUUUACCAUUUUCGCGAAAGUUAUUGUUUGAUAUGUAAGGCCAUUGUUUACGCAUAAAACAAAUUGAGUACAAUUUUGUUUUGUAGUUUGUGCUUUUUUGUCCAUCUUUUCUCUUGUACGAUUUUCUUCUAUAUUAUGAGGGAUGUUGUGUUUAUCAAUAUAAAAUAUAGUUGUAUCGGCGUUUGUUUAUUCAUUUUAUAGUAUUUUUUGUGAAAUAAGUGCCUUGUGAGUUUUAUAAAUGUAAAGUAAUAGAUUUUUUAUUUAACUUACACUGUUUUAUUAUAUGCCAUUCUCUCACUCUGUGAUUUUAUCCUCCUUUCAUUUAGUGCUGUUUGUAUUCAAAAAAUAUAACCAAGA